AUGCUGAAUGGUCAUGUUCGGAUUAGCCCACAAACACGGCGACUUCAGAAAAAGCUCAUGACCGCGCUGAUUUUACAGUUGGCCAUCCCCUACUUGACGCUCCUAAGCCCAUGGGGAUUUUAUGCCUUGGUUCAGAUCACCGACUGGAUCAUUAACCCGGCGUACCUCAACUUCGCGAUGUGGUGCAACGCCUGCCAUGCGACAGUCUCGUCUAUCUCAAUCCUUUUCUUUACGGAGCCCUAUUGGAAAUAUGUCAUUAGUCUCUUUGGAUGUGAAAAAAAGCUAUCCACCGCCGUGGCGUUGCGACUACCCGAUCCGAACACAGCAAAAGGACUGCAGAGCCGAAUACGACUGCACUCGAGAACCACAAAUUCCAUUGUU